ACGCGGGAGAGGGCGCGGGCGCUGCGGGCCCGGGAUGGCCGUGACCCGCCCGUGACCCCGCCCCCCCUCGGGCGCCCAGGCCUGCUGAGGCUGCCCCGCGGGUACUGGCGGCGCAUUCGGGGCCCGCGCGUUCGCUGGGCAGCCCUUGGGGCCAGGCACGUCCGAGCUUCGAGUCUCUGGACCGGAGUUCGAAUCUCGAGCCUGUGGCUUAUGGCCUGGGUAACCCCGGGGUGAAGAAAAAUACCACGGAUAUUUUGGCUGUGUGGCUUUGCAGUGGAUGCUAAUAAUAAAGGAAGGAAGGAAGAUCCUUAGCAGGCCCUUUCUCACAAGGAUCUAGCCAGCCGAUGUAACCAUGGUACUAAUCCUGGGCCGCAGACUGAACAGAGAGGAUCUUGGGGUGCGUGAUUCCCCGGCCGUUAAGCGUAAAGUGUUUGAAAUGGACCCCAAGUCUCUCACAGGCCAUGAGUUUUUCGACUUUUCUUCGGGAUCUUCCCAUGCUGAAAACAUACUCCAGAUCUUUAAUGAAUUCCGAGACAGCCGCUUGUUCACAGACGUCAUCAUCUGUGUGGAAGGGAAGGAGUUCCCGUGCCACCGGGCCGUCCUCUCGGCCUGUAGCAGCUACUUCCGAGCCAUGUUCUGUAAUGACCAUAGAGAGAGCCGCGAGAUGCUGGUGGAGAUCAACGGCAUUUUGGCCGAAGCCAUGGACUGCUUUCUGCAGUACGUGUAUACUGGAAAGGUCAAGAUCACUCCCGAGAAUGUCCAGUACCUCUUUGAGACAUCCAGUCUCUUUCAGAUCAGCACCCUGCGUGACGCCUGUGCCAAGUUCUUGGAGGAACAACUGGACCCUUGCAACUGCCUUGGGAUUCAGCGCUUUGCUGACACGCACUCCCUGAAGACGCUGUUCACCAAGUGCAGAAAUUUUGCUCUGCAGACUUUUGAGGAUGUGUCCCAGCAUGAAGAAUUCCUGGAGCUUGGCAAAGAUGAGCUCAUCGAUUACAUUGGUAGCGAUGAACUGGUGAUUGGCAAGGAAGAGAUGGUCUUUGAAGCUGUCAUGCGUUGGGUGUAUCGGGCAGUUGACCUGAGAAGGCCAUUAUUGCAGGAGCUUCUGACCCACGUGAGACUGCCUCUCCUACAUCCCAACUACUUUGUGCAGACCGUUGAAGUGGACCAAUUGAUCCAGAAUUCUCCUGACUGUUACCAGUUACUACACGAAGCCAGACGGUACCACAUCCUGGGAAAUGAGAUGAUGUCACCAAGGACGAGGCCGCGAAGAUCAACUGGCUUCUCGGAGGUGAUUGUGGUCGUCGGAGGGUGUGAGCGAGUUGGGGGCUUUAAUCUUCCCUACACUGAGUGCUAUGACCCUGUUACUGGCGAGUGGAAGUCUUUGGCCAAGCUGCCAGAAUUUACCAAGUCCGAAUAUGCAGUGUGCGCUCUGAGGAAUGACAUUCUUGUCUCAGGAGGAAGAAUCAACAGCCGUGAUGUCUGGAUUUAUAACUCACAGCUUAACAUUUGGAUCAGAGUUGCCUCUCUCAAUAAGGGCAGAUGGCGUCACAAGAUGGCUGUCCUCCUUGGUAAGGUCUAUGUUGUUGGGGGCUAUGAUGGUCAGAACAGACUCAGCAGCGUCGAGUGUUACGAUUCCUUUUCAAACCGCUGGACUGAAGUGGCGCCCCUCAAGGAAGCUGUGAGCUCCCCAGCAGUGGCCAGCUGCGUUGGCAAGUUGUUUGUGAUUGGUGGAGGCCCCGAUGAUAACACUUGCUCAGAUAAGGUUCAGUCUUAUGACCCUGAAACUAACUCUUGGUUACUCCGUGCCACAAUCCCCAUUGCCAAGAGAUGUAUAACAGCUGUGUCCUUAAAUAACCUGAUCUAUGUCGCUGGCGGGCUCACCAAGACCAUCUACUGUUAUGACCCAGUUGAAGAUUAUUGGAUGCAUGUACAGAACACAUUCAGCCGUCAGGAAAACUGCGGUAUGUCUGUGUGUAAUGGCAAAAUCUAUAUCCUGGGUGGAAGACGAGAAAAUGGAGAAGCGACAGACACAAUUCUAUGUUAUGAUCCUGCCACUAGUAUUAUCACUGGGGUGGCCGCCAUGCCGCGGCCGGUGUCCUAUCAUGGCUGCGUGACUAUUCACAGAUACAAUGAAAAGUGCUUUAAACUAUAAGGCUAGGAAGCCACGGAGAAGCCGCCGCCACAGCUGCUUCCACCACAAAUGGAAAUGUUUCCAAGGGCUCCAAACAGACACUCGAGGUUUCUGGUUUUUGGUUUUUACGUGUUAUAUGCAAAUGAGAGUUCCCGUGCCUCCCUGACGUGGGCCAGUGCCCGUCUCCAAACUGUAAAUAGUAAAAUGUCCAAAGCCUUACUAGCUGUUAGCACCCUUUCUGACUGGUGGUAAUAAUGAUGUGAUGUUGCUCCGGCUCUUGUCCCAAGGGAGGCCGUCGGGGGAGGUGACCUUUACAGGUGUGGGUAGGACUGUGUAGACUGUGGCAUGUCGCCCACCUUCCUACACACCUGUGCACCGUUUGUGAAUAGUCUCUUCGUUGUAAGUCUGUUCCCCUUAGAUUGUAUGUGCCUAAUUGUGACAUUCAUUCUAAAGGAAGCUAGCUAGGGCUUCCUUGUUUAGCUUGGCUACAUUGGCUCACUCGAUGCUUAAACCUUUCUUUCAAAAAAAAAAAACAUGUCACAAGAAAGUAGGUUUUAAAACGAGAAGUUUUAUUAGUGGGAUUUUUCUCUUAUGGAUGAAAAUUUGGUGAUUGGUUCAGUUUGAUAAAUGCCUGAGAUGUGUCACCAUGGCGAUCGUGAUCAAAUAUUGCUCUCUUUUGAAAACAGUAAUUUGGGGAGACUCAUAGAAGUAAUCCCUGAAGGUCAGAAAACACAGGCCAAUUCAUUUGGAGAGUAUGAAACCCUUGGAAGGAAAAUAGCCUCACAUCGAGGAGAGGCCUAGUAAGUGGCUCUUGGGUUGGACUAACUGUUUCUAGCCCUGGGAGAGACCCUGGAAGCCAAAGGAGCUGCUCAUUUCCCUGAAUGGGGCCCACGUGGUCAAGAACUGCCUUCAUCUCACAAAUGGGUGCCUUCAUUUGGUGAGGAUCCAGCUUCUGGAUAGGGUUGUCCAGGGAUCUCAGUGGAAUCUUCGCUAGCUUCAAAGUAUUGCCACUCCCGUCAAGGGGAAAGCCUCUUUAGAAUUCACAUUCAGGGACCACCCAUGACAGUGGGUCAUGUUUUCAUAAUGAACUUACAAAAAAAAAAAAUGAGGACCUUUCACCUUGAUUUAAAGGUCAGUGUCAUCUUUAUGUAUCCUUUCUACCCACCACUGGUCAGAAAUGUCAUCUUCCCCCAAAACCAGGUCCCUUCUCCAGCACUUCUUCAUUAAUCUUCCCACUAGCUUUCAUUGAAGGAGAGGCGGUUAUUGCAUUUCUGGGGCACAUCUAAGGAUCUCGUUACAAGUGAUUCUUUUUUAUUUCUAUGUCAAUGUAACAUAGCUCCACAAACUUGAAAUGCUAUGGAGCUAUGUUCCAUCCAUGCUACCCAUAGAGCUGUUAUCAGAAAGCAUAGAAUACAGGACUGUUUCACUUAUUUUAGGAGGGUGCAAACAUUUGUUUUCCACAACCUAGUCUUUCAUACUUAGCUAGAAACUAAAUCCUGUGCAUCUUCUUGUAUACAAAGGAAACCCUGCAAAUGUAUUAGAGCAAAGACCACCCAAACAAAAAGACCCUUCCCUGGAAAUCUCUAGGAUGCUUCUCAAGACCACAAGAGGCUUUGAAAAAGGCACCCAGAAACAUUAGAAAAAUUAAGUGUGCAACAGUCUCUUAGCCAGAGUUGAAACAGGAAACAUUUAAGCCGAAAUUAGGGGAUAAAUGUACCCUCAUUAUAGCAAAGAAUUUCUGCUUGUACUAAACUGCUGUAUAAUUUCUUUUGUACAUAUUAUCAAAGGUAGCAAUACAGGGAUUCAUUUGCAUUGUGAUGUGUAUUUGUAAAUUGGUGCCCAUCUGUAAAUAAAGGCACUUCAUACAGAAAUGUUUUUCUCCAGAUAAAUGACUUAUGUGCUCUAGCCUCUUUGUCUUUUGUGUAUGACCUGUUUACUUGGGUUUUGUUAUCAUGCCUUCAUUUUUAAACUUUCCUGUGCGCCGACUCGAGACGUUCUAAGGAACAAGAUGUACAUCCUGAAGGUAGAGGUUCAAGCUCCUCCCAGUGUGUGACUUCUUUCUCCUUGAUCAAUGCCUGAAACUUCAAACUAGCGACUAAAAGCCCACCAAGAAUUGGUAUUUUUUUUUAUCCCAGUGAAUUUAGAUGAAGUUAUUUUUGAGCUAAAGAGACCCAUCUCAUUAUUUGAAAUGUCCUAGAAUUAUGGGUCAUCCUCAGUGAAACCAAUCAGCUAUGGAGAAUUGCCCCCUAUUUGGUAUAGACAUUCAAAGUGUCACUUGGGUUAAUAGCAGAAAUUGCAUUCAUGCUGUCAUUGUGCUGUUAAAGGGUUUCAUGUCUGUUGCUCAUGUGGGCACACACACACACACACACACACACACACACACACAAAGAAUCAUUCUUAGCCAUCUGUCAUGGUUACAGGCAGGAGAAUUUUAUGUGGACCCCAAUUAAAUAAAAUGGAAGAGAAUGCAUUUACCUCUUAGAGCAUUUUUUUUACUUGCCAAGCUCAAGUUUGAAAUUACCUGCCGUGUGAAAUACAUACAUGUAAAAGAAGGUGAUGACCAUCUUUAUAACAAAGAGCUGCUUCGAGGUUUACAUCUGCAAGGUCAAACCAGUCAAGAGGAGGAAUGGUUAGAGUGAGUGUGUUCUGCUUAUUCAGUUGUGCUACCCUAGAGGAGGAAGGGAUCCAGUGAAUUUGUUUACUGUAUCAGUAAAGAAAAGAUCCUUUAAAUGCUGGGCUCUCUUCUCUCGGUGUUAUAGCAGCAGAGACACUUCUGGGCUUCGUCCCACUAAAGAGAACCAUUAGCUCUUGUUAAAGGUGUCUGACUGCCUGGCACUACUGAGGGCUCCUUCUCCAUUUUCAGGAAUUCCCUGUCCCGCUUUGAAUGGGCAUAGAGUGGCAGCCUUUUGGAUCUCCAGAAGCCUGAAAAAGUUUAAAAAUCCAGAUAUGUCACAAGAAUUUGGAGGGGUUUUUUUUACUUUGUUUUCAAGAAAGAAAAAUACUUGGGGAGGAAAUUAAUUUGUCCCCUUUUCAAAUUUGGCUUUCUGUUACUAGUUAGUUACUCUCAGAAAGUUGUAAUUCUAGGCUUUGAGGCAGAUUGGGAAAAGCAGCUUCACCCUGAUAGUGGCUUGACAUUCAUUCUUUCCUCUUAAAAGAAAAAAAAUGCUAUCUUGACUGGUGCAUUCUAUUUUACUAGCAAUCACCGUUUAGUUCCCCCAUCUAGUUCGACUGUCAAAUUCCCAGUGAAACUCAGGAAAUGAUGACAAAAGUUCUUUUACUUUUGGCCAUCGACAUACCAGGUUUUUUAUAUUGUCUGGAAAUGACAAUAGACAAUAAAAAUUUGCUGUGAGGGCCCAGGCUAAGGACUGGUCCCAUGUUUUUGUUUUGUGCUAACUCAUGAGAAAAGUAGAGGCUGAAUGGUGUGGGGUGUGUGUAAGGAAGCAUCUUGAGGCUCCUCUGUGCAAGAGGCAUCUUUGACCUCAGUUUUCUCGAAAGGGAAGAUAAUCUGCUGUCUGUUCAGUCUAACAAGAAUCUUAGAUGUCUGUUCAAGGCUACCUUAGGCCAGCCUUUCUUUGUGCAAAGGCAAGGAGCCAGUUGCUGCCUUUACCAAGAGUUAACAUUGCUCAAUCUCUGUUAGCCUUUAGAGACAUGUUAGUUUAAAAGUAUUUUAAGCCAAGUCAUUGGAGACCAAGUUCGUGUUCACUCACCUCAUUAGUCUUUUAGUUAAAUAAGUGAAUUCUGUAGGUACUGUAAUUAACAUAGGGGCAGUUUGGCCCAAAGACAGCAGUUUGGACUAACUGAACUAUGUCACUUUGGAAUGCUAGGUGCCAGAGACCACAUGAGCCAGGAGAGUGUGAAUCCAUCGAUAAUUCCAAAAAACUAGGAGAAUAGCUUAUCUUUUUUUCAUCAUACUUUAGACAAUAUUUUGAAGUGUGGAGAUUUUUUUUUUUGGUAUGAAUGUUUUUCAUUUUGUGUGAUUACCGAGAUACUCUAGUGCUCAGGAUGAUCAAAGUGAUAGAUGAUGAAGAUGACGGUCACAAGUGUGUAGUAACUUAUUUUGCAUUCUUGUUCCAAAGAAACUGUAAGCCUCACGAGGGCAGGGACUUUGUCAUUUUCAUGUCUGUGUGUCCCCAACACCUAGCAUGGUGCCUUGCACAUAGUAGGCGCUUAAUAAAUGUCUGUCUGAAUUGAAUUUUUAUGUUUCAGAGAUAAUUGUGCCUGAAUUUGCUGGAUGUGCCUAAUGUUUCCUAGGGUUGUUUUCCCCCAAAUACUAUUCUCACAAGUUACAGAAUAAUCGCUUUAGGUAAAUGUCAUAUUUGUUUCCUGUAGUGCAAACGAGGUUCCCCACCUUUUAAUUUUGUGUGGUGAAUGCUAGGCAAGAUGGGAGAAAAUAAGAACACUUUAAAUGGUGAUAAUUUAUUUCUUUGCAGCUGUGGCCUAAGGCUUAUGAUUGAUUUCCCUUUGUAUCCUGCCGUUUUCCAUAGUUUUAAUUGGUCAUAUCUUAGUCCCAGGGAUUCCUUCAAUUGUGUAUUAAACAGUGCUAUAACAAUUGCUUGGCAGAAUGUCAUGGGUGGUUGUUUCUCUUCUGUCUUCAGACCAAGGUGCUUAUUAUGACACUCAGAUAACCUCCUAACCUGAUAAACUUCAUUUGAAAUACAUAGAGGUUAUACUUGCAUAUCAAGAAAUUACAUCCACUGAUUUUCUUUUUGCCAUCCCGCAGUACUUUAGCACCGCCUUCCACUAGGGUUUUUCUUUUCUUCUUCUUGAAAACUGUUACUUUUUGUCAAUUUAUUUACAGAAAAUUAAAAACAGUUGAGCUAAUCCUUUUUUUAGGGGGUUAACUGGUAAAACCAGGUUAUCCAAUUAGACACAAGUGCAGCCUUGCCGGGAGUCUGGAGCAGUGAUGGCCUUUUGUAUUGUUGUCAGUUCAGAGCUCCAGGUUGACUCCACGUUGAGAAACAUGACCUUGUAUUUCAGUGUCUUUAAGGUUCUGUUGUAGCCCAUCAGUACUUGUGUUCUAUUUAAAUGUACUUGCAAAGUUUUCUUCAAGUUCAAAACAAUGUAAUGUACCUAAUAAAUUUUUUCUUUUAACUUG